AUGCCCAGGGCCUUCCCUGCAGAAAUCAAGGAAGAGGAGAGCGGCCGAUGCCGCGGUCUAUACGACCAAGAGCGGAAGAUAGGCGACAAGAAGCAUUCGAUGUCCGAGCAGGCAUUUGUGCCUCGUCCUAACUCCCACCACCGUACCUCAUCGGACGUCAACUCACAGCCUAUCUCACCCCGAAACAACGACAUCUCCGUCACGCCCGUCACCUGUCUCUCCCCGACUACUUCCCCAAACAAAGAACUUCGUCAUCUGCUUUACCGCAAUGAGCAGCAUGACACACGCCCUGCCGAACGAGGCACUCAUACAACCAGCACAGGCGACAAUUCAACAUCUUACUGCCACGAUAUGAAGAAGCGCUCUAAGCCAAAGAGCACUGCCAUUAGCCCCCAAAGAACGAUCGACGUAACCGACACCAACGCCCUCCCUGGGCUAAUAACGAGCACCAUGGCACAGGAGCGGGAGGCAGGUCAAACGGAUAGUGCGCCAACAACAUCAAUCUCUGUACCAGAAACGGCUGUGCAGGCGGCCAGCACUGAAAUCCGGUCCGCACAGCCAACACCCUCCCGAACUCUAGGCGUCCACAACAUCUUAAAUCCCUCUGAAGCUCAGGCAAUAGCACACAGCCCGACCACCGUGCCUAGAACAUCGUCGAGGGAAAAUGCGGGUAUGGACAUGGGGGAAUCUCGAACGCUGCCAAGAACGAGGCCAAGCAGCGCAAGCAGUCCCCAAAUUGGAUCGGCCUCCAGUGCAUCUGGUAACCACCUUGGCCGUGCGCAGCAAAGUCACCCACAGCCGCCACCUGGAUUCCAGGUGGGAAGCGGCAGUGGCGGUGGACGUCUACACGGCCCUUCUAACUUCGCGCCCGGCAGCUACGGCUCUGGAUAUGGUCAGUCAGCGUCGACCGAUUCGGGCCAGGCACCAAAUACGUCAAAAAGUCCAGGAAUGGGAUUCGUGCCGCUAUCUGGGGCCACAGGCUCCGACCAGGAGUCAUCUCCGCGGUUGGGGCACUCGCAUACGAAUCCUUCUCUUGGGUCGCAACCCCGCCGAAUUCUGACACCGAAAUCGCCGCGCCGAACCAGUCUUGGAAGAGGCAUCCCGGGUAUGGGCACGUCGGGUAGUCAGCAUGCAUUGUUUCCCGGGGGAGCAGGUGCGCCACCCGUACCUCCUCUCCCUCCUAAUCGAUUACAACAGAGCAUGAGUGCCCCCAACAUCGGUCCUGGGUCAGGUUCCGGUUCUGGAUCAGCGCAGAUGGCUGGGUCUGUGCCAGGAUCGUACUUUCCGCUACAUGCCGCACCAGGCCCGCCACCCUCUAUGAUGACAGGCGAAAGUCCACAGAGGUCGUACGCGAAACCGUACUAUCCCAGUGAAGGUGGUAGGCAAGGGCCAGGUCAUGGGGACAAUCAUGGGCCGUCUGGUCAGGCGCUUGAACCGUAUCAACACCAUCAUGACCACAACCAGCAGCAACAGCAGCAGCAGCCACAGCAGGAGGCCCAACAAACGUCACGCUUACCAUUCCCCCCCGGUACCCGGCAGGGAGGUUUCGCAACAACCACAACUCCAAACAGGACUGUAUCUGCAAGCAACGCAAACACUAGCAGCAGUGAGGGUUCAUGGGAGGGCCAUGUAAAAGCUGCCGGCGGCCCCGGUGGUAUUAUUGGUGGCGGACGCUCGGUGUCCAUAGCGGAAGGACAGCAGUUCAUUACGAUUACACCCUCCUAUGGCGAUGAGAUACAUGUUCCUGUGGAUGUACACCAAGCAUCGAAACAAGCAGACGAGAAGCGGCUUCGAAACGCCGGUGCGUCGGCGCGGUUCCGGGCACGAAAAAAGGAGAAGGACCGUGAGGCACAGAUUGGGAUACAAAGACUUGAGGCCCUGAACAGGGACCUGCAGAAACGCAACCAGGAGCUGGAGGCACAGCGCGACUUUUACCGUAACGAGCGAAACCGACUGCGGCACAUCAUGUCGCAGUCACCGAGCAUGCGCGAGUACAUCGAUUCUGGGCCGCCAAGUCCUGCGUCUACAUCUCUGAGCGGUCCGUCUUAUGGCGCUGAGGGUAGCCCCAUGACUGGUAGCAACGUCCAACCAGCUUCCGCACAGCAUCUACAAGCGCCGCCUCAGCAGCAGCAGCCACAGCCACAACCUCGUCUGCACCCUCAGCACCUCCCACAACACCAGCUGUAUACGCAACAUCCCCAGCAUCCACACCAGCCGCAACGCCAAAUCACACCGACUCACACACCGGGCCCGUUGUAUCCGCCCAUGACCACCGCACCUGAGUUUUCUGGUCCCCCGCCAGCACAUCUUCCAGGAGCUUCAGACUCUGCCGUUGGUGUGGAACGCCCAUCGCAACGUAGACGAACGGAUUCGGGGCCGAAUAUUGAAUACUACACGCCCUCGUACACCACGUCUGCACCUCCGCCCCCGAUAUUGCCGUCAUCUCUGCCACCGCCAAUAGCGCCAGCAGCGUCGUCAAGCUUCCAUAGUAUGAGUCCGUCACCACUGUCCGGAUCGCCGAGCAACCCUCGUCUACCUCCUUUACGCCUGGACACACCUGGAAGCAACCCGAGCAGCGUGGGCAUUGGCGGUGGUAUGGGCACAGGUCCACCAACUCCCGAACCUACGCACGGUAGUGCGUCAGCUCUACCGGUUCCACAGCAAUAUCCACCUGCAACCACGGCGUCCUCUACCUACAACCGAUCCUACGAUACUGCGGGAUGGGCGGCUGAUGCUCCCGCAUCGCACCCGCAACAUCAGCCUCCCGAUUCAAAGUUCCAAAGAUAA